AUAAACUACCACACACAGUCUGCAAAAUCACAGAAUCCUCUACUGUUGAUGUUAUCCAGUAACAGACAACUCAAUAGCUCAAGGAUUUUUGCUGGGCUGAUAAACCAAAGAAACAUUCUACCUCUGCUGUUCCUCUGUUGACGCCAAUAUGAACAAGACAUUGACCACUGUUAUGCACCUUCAGAAUGAAAGUUUUGUAUUUUUAACAUCUAACCAGAAAUGCAGACAACACCCUGACAUGACACCCUUCCUGGGAACAGCCUAUAGUCUUGUCACCAUACUGGGGCUGCUUGGGAACAUUUCUCUGAUAUAUGUUAUUUGUCGACAAAAAGAAAGGGGUAAUGUUACCCACAUCCUUAUUGCUAAUCUGGCUUUCUCAGAUGUGCUGGUUUGUGCCUUCUGCCUGCCCUUCACUGCUGUUUACACUGUGAUGGAUUACUGGGUCUUUGGACUGGGUCUAUGCAAGAUAACCAAUUUUUUGCAAUGUGCAUCGGUCACUGUCUCUGUGCUGAUUCUAGUGUUGAUUGCCUUUGAAAGGUACCAGCUUAUCCUCCACCCCACUGGUUGGAAACCCAGUGUCCUUCAGGCCUAUGCUGCUGUAUUGCUAGUUUGGAUAAUUGCCUCUCUUCUUGCUUUUCCUUUAGCUUCAUCUAUGGUAUUAACAGAUACUCAAAAUAAAAAUAUCUCAAAGGUCAUCGGGUUUUUGGCAGACAAAUCAGUAUGUGUGGAAUCCUGGUCAUCUAACCAACAGUUAGUGGCUUACACAAUAUCAUUACAGCUCUUGCAGUACAUUGUGCCACUGUGUUUUAUACUGGGAUGUUACCUCCGCAUUUCUGUGCACUUAAAGCAUAGGGGUGCUAUGUUUGGAAGAAGUGACAACCACAUGAGAAGAGUCAACCUUAUGUUUGUCACCAUGGUAGGAGCUUUUGCUGUGUGCUGGCUGCCAUUUCACAUCUUUAAUAUUAUUGUAGACUGGCAACACCAGUUGAUACCUGUAUGCUACCAUAACCUUAUUUUUUCCUUGUGCCAUUUGCUUGCUAUGAUUUCAACAUGUGUUAACCCGGUAAUCUAUGGCCUGUUAAAUAGCAAUGUCAAGCGGGAAGUAAAGGCAUUGGUUCAGAACUGCACUGGUAGGAAACCAGACACAAGGGCAGCUGUAGAGGAGCUGGAAAAAUAUCCAUUGUCUGUUAAACAAAAUGUCACAUUGCCUGGGUCUCCAAGUAUAUACCUUGAAGAAGGUACCUUCUUAGGACACACAGUUUCUACAGAGGAACACUAAACAAUGAAACUAUUGCUGGAAAAGUUUUUUUCACAAAAAUAAAGAGGUCACUUGAGGUGUUCUAACUCACAAUGCAGAAAAAAGACUACAGGACUGACCGCUUGUCAAAUGUCCACAAGAAGAUACAAGAAUUCACAUUCCUAAUUUACAUGUUUAAUCCCAUAUACAAGUUUGCAUCUGAGUGUAAAAGGAGUGUAAUUCUUCAGUUGGUGGAAGCAUAACUGUGAAGGAAAAUUAUGACAUUACCUGUCCAGCUACUUCUUGCUUAUUGCCUACAUGUUUGUUAAAGUAAAUCAGUUCAUAGAGACAAGUAUUUACUCAAGAAUGUCAUAGAUAAGACCUUUCCCUCUCCAGUAAUACCUAAAUUGGAGAAAAUCAGAUUAUCAUUGGUAUUUAAUGAAUGGUGUAUUCUUGGACUGCCUUGCUUGCAUAAUGACAUCUAUAAUCUUAUGCAAAAGAAGAGUGCACACCUUUAGUUAUCAUUGGGGUAAUAUAUUAAAAGGUAACGUUUUCACCAAUAGUCACCAAUAGCAGUCAAUCAUGACUUCAAAGCAUGAAGAAUCUAUUUCACCUGUUAAAACCCUCUUAUUGGUUGGUAUGGUUUACUGCACCUGGGCAAACUUAGCACCUUUUAUUGCAUAUGGGGGAUAUGUGUUGUAUAAGGAUUACAUUUAGUUACUAUGAGGCACAUUUAUCAAAGAGUGAAACCACAGCUCGUCACAGUCCACUACAGUGAAACUAUGCUGCUCUCUGUUCCUUUCCAUGGAAUUUUGGCAGGCAUAUUUAUCACCCUUUGAUAAAUAUGCUAUUAAAAAUUCCAUUGCAAUGAACAGAGAACAGUAGAAUUUCACCCUGGUGGAAUAUCACAUUUACUCUGUAUUUUGCGUGACAUGCAAUGUUUUGUACAGAACUGUUUUCUUUGCUUCUGUCUAAAUUAGCUUGGCAAAUACAUGAAUAUAAUGGUAUUCUCAUCCAGUCUGCAGGUGUUAACAUUUCCUAAUGUAUGUACUUAAACAAAUUAUUUUCAUAAUUAUUGCAGUACAAUUGAAUAGAAUGUAAUUAAUAUUGUCUUUCAAUAUAAAAACAAUGUAAUUACAGUAUAUGUAAAUUUAUUAUGUUAAUAUAACACCUGCAUAACUGCUAGUUGA